UGCAGAUAAAUCUGAAAUAUUGGCAACGCUAAUCGUGUAGCACGUUUCUUUUGUCAUUCAUUCUUAGGAACAAAUGAAACGACUUUUUUCGUAUAUAAAAGAUUUUUCAGGCUUUUCACUUCAAUCAUUUGACUAUGAGUACUGAUAAAUCUGAGCCGGAACAAAUUUCAAAAAACAAGUACAUUAGCCCAAGCUGUGAUGCGGACUGCAACGAUGUUCGUGCACUUAGCAGAAAUGCAGCUCGUAAGCGAAGUCGUGAGUUUGCUCGUCGACAAUGUCGCAUCAUAAUUAGAAAUGUACCAUAUAAACUAACGCAAAAAAAGUUGCGGGAUGAGUUUGAACAGUAUGGUGUAUUGAAGGAUAUCAAUAUCCUAAAACGAACUGAUGGGAAACUCGUAGGAUGUGUCUUCUUACAAUAUGAACAUCCGGAUCAGUCAGAACGUGCUAUUAAGAUGCUUAAUGGUAAAAUGGUCAUGGGUAGAAAACUUGAAGCAUGUUAUGCUCUUCCAAAAGAUACUUAUACAAAGAUGAAAUCCAAGCAGGAUAUUAAACACGAAGGAAACAAAUAUGAAAACAGUAUCGGAGAAGUAAACAAAGGUGAAAAGGAUGACUUUGAAAUUGAGGAAUCAGAUAAAGAUAUAAUGGAUGAAGAUUCUUUUGCUGAGGACAUAAAACCGCCGAAACCAUUACAGCAAAAAAAACUCGAAGAAAUUGAAGAAGGUCGAACGGUUUUCUUAAAAAAUGUACCCUAUGAUGCUAAUGAAACGAUAUUAAAAGAUACAAUGUGCCAGUUUGGAACAGUUGAUAAAGUUUUUAUUAAUAGAGAGCGCGUUUCGGGUCAUUCUAAAGGAACUGCUUUUGUUAUUUUUAAGCUUAAAGAUUCCGCCGAAAUAUGUAAGAAGCAAAGUUUAAAAAUACUGGUUAACAAUCAAUUCAUUGAAAUUGUCGAUGCUCUUAAAAGGAAAGAUAUUCGUGACAAAGAAAACCAGGCCAAUGAACGGCCUGGAAAAGAUUCACGUAAUCUGUAUCUUUUAAAAGAAGGAUUAAUUAUGGCAGGAUCUCCAGCUGCUAAAAACGUUUCAAAGACGGAUAUGGCACAACGGCUCAGACUAGAGCAGCGGUGUGCUCAGAUGUUGAAGAAUUUGAAUCGGUUCGUUUCACGCGAACGUCUUACUAUACACAAUUUAUCGGAAAACUGUACUAGUGCUGAUCUAAGAAAAAUAGUCCAUCAACAUACUGGCUGCAUUCCAAUAGAAUGUCGAGUUAUGCGAGAAAAUACACCAUCGUUCGGAAAUCCCUCCGGUAAAUCGCGUGGGUAUGGAUUUCUGUCAUUCAAAAACCACAAUAUUUCCUUAGAAGUCCUGAGAAAACUCAACAACAACCCAAAAGUAUUUGGGAAAAACAGUAGACCAAUAGUAGCAUUCAGCAUAGAAGAUCGCAAAGUGCACAACAUCAAGCAACAACGUCUACUUAAAUCGCGGCUUAAUAAUCCUACCUAUCAGGAGAAGUUAAAGAAAAUUCAAGAGAAGAAGUUUCUUCGAAGAAAAGAGCGAACAAAAGCAAUAACCGAAAAAAUUGCUAUUGUUCCCAACGUUGCCAUUAGUAAUUUGAAAAAUUGCACCAAAACGCCGAAAAAAGAACGCAAAAGAAAACUUGAAAAUAUGGAAGAAUUUACAGGGGAAAUUUCACGUCAGGGCAGAAUAGGAAUCCGGUCCAGUAGGAAAAUUAAUGCGCAAGCUGAAGCACAUAUGCAACGUAUAAAAUCUGAGAAACAACAAGCACGUAAAAAACGGGUCAAGAAAGAGCAUGAGAAAAACCGACAAUUAAAGGCAAAACGACGUGUAAAACAAAAACAUACUAACUUAACCGAUCUGAAACAGGAAGACCAGUACUUUCAGCAAACGGUAGGGAGAUAUAAACAAAUCAUCCAUGAUGCCGUUAAAAAUAGUGAACGUAGUAGAUGGUAUAGUGGUUGAUUUUAUUUGUUAUAAAUAAUAUA